GCACGGUCAAGCUCUGCGCCAUGGCAGCCCCACUCUACCAGACCGACAGCGGCCGCCUCUACCACGCCGGUCAGAUCCUUCUCGUCUUCGUCGGCCUCCCCGCUCGCGGCAAGACGCAUGUUUCGCGCAGCGUCGAGCGGUAUCUGAGGUGGCUGGGCGUCAGGACCGAGGUCUUCUCUCUCGGCGACCACCGGCGUCGCAUGCUCGGCCCGUCUGCCAACCUGCCGCCUGACUACUUUUCGCCCGACAAGCGCUCGCCCGAGACGGACGAGCUGCGCACAAAGAUCCGCGUCACGCUCGAGGAGGAGGUCGCACGCUACUUCAAGGACAACCUCGGUCAGGUCGCCAUCUACGACGCGAAUAACGGCACCAAGGCGGCACGGAUAGCUUUGCGGCAGAAGUUCGAGGCGCAGGGCGUCAACGUCUUCUUCAUCGAAAACAUCUGCGACCGAGAAGACAUCGUCGAGGCCAACAUCCGCUCUGUCAAGAUCAGCUCGCCGGACUACCAGGGCUGGAACCCGGACGCGGCGGUCAAGGACUACAUGCGGCGCAUCGCGAGCCACGCGACCCGGUACGAGACGAUGGAGACCUCGGGCGGCCCGUUCGUCAAGAUCUACAACAUCGGCGAGCGCCUCGUCGUCAACAACAUUCGCGGCUACCUCCAGUCGCGCAUCGUCUUCUUCCUCAUGAACGUCCACCACAAGAAGCGCACGAUCUGGUUCGCAAAGUCGGGCCAGUCGCUCAUCGAGCACUCGUUCAAGGCCGACUCGGACCUGUCGCCGCAAGGAGAAGAGUACGCGCGCAAGCUCAAGGACUUUAUCAUCGCCAAGCGUCGCGAGCUGCUCAACGAGCGAGUCGAGGGAGGCGAGCCGGCGCACGAGCGGAGGCUCACUGUCUGGACGUCGGCGCGCCGUCGCUGCAUCUCGACCGCGCGCCCCAUGGCCGAGCUCGGGUACAAGGUCAUCCAGCGGCAGCAGAUGCACGAGCUCAACCCGGGCGACGUCGACGGCCUCACGGUCGCCGAGAUCAAGGAGAAGUUCCCCGAAGAGUACAAGCGCUCCGAGACGGACCCGUACGCGCACCGGUACCCGAGGGCCGAGAGCUACCACGACUUGAGCGUCCGACUCGAACCCGUCAUCCUCGAGCUCGAGCGCGAGCCGGCCGACAUCCUCUUCAUCGGCCAUGGCUCGGUCAUUCGCUGCAUCAUGGCGUACCUCCAGGGCAUGUCGCCGAACGAGAUCCCCAAGGUCGAGCUGCGACGGGGCGACAUCGUCCAGGUGACGCCGAGCGCCUACGGCGUCACCUUCGUCAACCACUUCUUCUGGCAGUGAGUCGCCGUCUCUCUCUCGUAUGUGCCGUGUAGAUACCCUCCCUGGGGACUGUAAGAGCCGUUGCCGUUGUCCCUUG